GUCCAGCCUCCAGUCUGAGGAUGAAAAGGAGAGCCAGAGAUUAAUCAAAAAUUAUAAAAAGCCCCAUUUCUCUCUCUUUUUUUAGAUAUAGUGAUGCUAGUCUGCUAGCACACAAAUGUUUGUAGUGUCCAGAGUAGCAUGGACAAACAACUAACGUUUGUAGCAACAAACCUUUGAUUCUUGUGAUGUCAGAAGCUGGUCCAAUAAAAGACAUUACCUCACCCACCUUGUCUCUAUAUAAAAGCCAGGUAUUUUUGUUCUGUUUGUCCACCAGCUAGCACAAUGGAGCCCUCAUCCAUAAAUGCUACAGUAAUACAAAUAAUAAUAUAUCAGGAAGAAGCUGAACAGGGCACAAGCCCCUUUUCAGAUCACCUUUAAAUAAGAGUAAUUCAUAUACAAAGAAAGACAAGUGGGGUGUUUGUGUUGGAGGAGCUGCACCAAAUUCAUAAUUCAUUAAGUAACAUGUUUGUGUGUUUCUGAACUAUAUUUGGAUGUACUGGCUAUAAAAAGCCUUCAGUGCAAAGUGACCUUUAGCAGAAGUCAGAUCUCCUGUCCAUGCUGUUGCUGACUGCCCACAAGAGAGAAGAUUCAAGCCUAUUAAAAUUGCAUUUCUUCUCUUCUUGUUCCUCAUGAGGAUGACGAAAGAGGCCAUAUCUCUGCACUCCCUGAACGAGACAUUAAACAGGAUGGAAAACAGGCUGCAGAUUGUGGAGACUCAGUUCAAAGAGCUGAACUCUGCCAUGGAUAAACUGACACAGAAGCUGCAGUUUCAGGAUAAAACCCUGGAGAAGCAGGUGGACGAGGAUGAGAUGUGGAUAUCCUUGCUGAAGGACAGGUUCACUUCAGUGGAGAUAAAUCUUUUCUACAGCUAUGUGAGUGAAAUGCUUUGCUGCUUGCAUUCCCGUGUCAGAGUGAAGCUGCCAGAUCUGGCGGGAGGCCUCCCCACCUUAGCCUCUGUCAUGAGGCACAAAGGCAAGAACCAGAAAAUUAGACUGGUGUGGGAAGCAGUGCUGGAGAUGCUGGGGCUGCAAGAAGGAGAUGUCCUAGCUCUAUGCACCUUUUUCAUCAUACAUUGCUCUGAAGCACAGUAUUACCCAGCUAACCAGAGGCAAAAGUACACCAGUGAUAUCAGCACAAUGAUAACCAAGGUGGUGAAGAACCAGAUCCUUCAAGAGAGCCUGCUGUGUGCUGUGCAGGUGGUAGAGAAUGGCAGAGCACAGAGGGAUCCAAAAAAGAAAGUAACCCUUGUCCAAAAAUAACCUAUGUGGCAGAUUUCUUAAAAUUCCCUUACCCACUUAGGACAAACAAGCUUACAACCUAAACAGGUUCCUACAUAAACAUGCAAUUACAUACCCCAACUGCUUCCGUGCAUGUGUAUAUCAACACACAGAUCCAUACGUACAAACACUCUCAACCAUGACAUGCUAAUGUGUAUCAUGAGUCUGAAAAGCCAGGCAGAUUCCCAGAAUCAAUACACCAGUCAAAAAGAUUUUCGUCACCAUCAUGUACAAGCUCAGUAUGUACACGUAAAUGUGUAGCCAGAGGCUGCUGGGAAGGACACAAAGAUUCUUCUGUCUCUUAGCUAAAAGAUUUUGACACUUGCAUAAUGCUGAAGAGUUCAAAUGCCAACAUUUUCCAGCAUAAAAUCUGCUUUGCUGUACUUUGUAUUCUCAUUGCAUGUCUAUGAAAGCUGUAAACUGUAGUAUGCCACAGAGACACUAAUUUCUUGUAAUAAAACUCCUUGGUUUAUUGUUUAA